CUGCAACUUGUGGAACGUAUCACAGUAACAAUGGGGACAAAAGUUUAUCAUCGAUUUAAAGCAGCUGAUCUGACCUGUGGACCUUAACAUUGACUAAACAAGAUUAUUCGACAGGUCAAAGCUUCAAAGUGCUUUCAUCAAUUCAUGGCAUCUCUGAUAAAAACGGAUAUCUAGUCAUUCAUGUGUACAAGCGUAUAAGAAGACAUCAGCAUGACCAACACUUCUGUAAAUGUGUGAAGGAAAUGAGUGACAUCAAUACCAUCUAAAAGGACCGUUGAUUCAGGCACAUGUCUGCGCAUUAAGGCGAGCAGAAUACACUCCACGUGUGACCCACUGGAUACCUGAGGCCUGUUUACACACUGACUGAGCUUCAAAGAUGGCAGCGGCUAGAAAUUCAGGGACCGUAGACCAAACCCUAAUUCCUGAAUCUUCUUAUUCUGUGUCCCAGUGCCCAACCAGCGCUGACCGUAAACUCUUGGAUAAAGCUCUCAAGAGACUGGACAAACUGCAUAAACUCUGCACUGACCCGAGGCUGGGUCUUAAAAAUAGCCCACCGUACCUCCCUGAGCUUAUGUCGGAGACCGCAAGCCUCCUAACAGAAAUAUGGGCUCCCUACAGGGGAACCGUGAUGGCCGUGCCACGAGGGGACGAGGGCGAAUAUCUGAGGAUCCAUAUUAAACACUUGGUGGACAAGGCGGAAAGAGCUGUGCUACUGUUUAAGAAUGCAAGAGAGAAGAUGUUUGAAGAGUCUUCGAGCUACAGGAGAAAUCUUACUAAGCUGUCACUCCUGUUCAGCCACAUGUUGUUUGAGCUGCGGUCAAUGUAUCCUGGGGGGCGUUUUCAGGGUGAUACCUUUAGAGUUACAAAGACAGAGGCCAAAGAUUUCUGGAGGAAAGCCUUUGGACACAAGUGUAUAGUGCAAUGGAAUGUUUUUAAACUGCAUCUAAAAAGGGUUCACUUCUUUGAAGAGGGGAUGGAGGCCAUGGCUUUGAAGUCCACAAUUGAUCUCACUUGUAACGAUCACAUAUCGGUUUUUGAGUUUGAUAUUUUCACCAGGCUUUUUCAGCCCUGGUCAGCUUUGUUAAGGAACUGGAAUCACCUAGCGGUAACUCACCCUGGAUACAUGGCAUUUCUCACGUAUGACCAGGUCAGGGCUCGACUAGAGCACUACAGACAUCGUCCUGGCAGCUACAUUUUUCGUCUCAGUUGCACACAAAUGGGUCAGUGGGCGAUUGGUCACGUGACCAAUGAUGGCAACAUUGUGCAAACCAUUCCUCAGAACACACCUUUGUAUCAAGCACUCAUCAAAGGGUUCAGGGAAGGCUGCUACUUAUACCCUGAUGGGCGUGAUGUGAACCCUGACCUUACCAGCCUGUGCAGUCCAACUCAAAAGAGUCGAGUCACAGUAACAGAGGAACAGUACGAGUUAUACUGCGAGAUCGGCAGCACCUUUCAGCUGUGCAAAAUCUGCACAGAACGAGACAAAGACACACGCAUUCAGCCCUGUGGACAUUUGCUUUGCCAGCCCUGCCUGACUGGAUGGCAGAAGUCUGACGGACACACUUGCCCCUACUGCCGCUGUGACAUCAGAGGCACAGAGUCUAUCCUCAUUGAGCCCUACCUGCCAGCGAGAGACAGAAGGGAGGGAUCAAGGGAGGAAGAGGAGGAGGAGGAGGAGGAGGAGGAGGAGGAAGAGGAGGAUCAUGAGGACGUAGAGCUGGUGAUGAAAAAACUGGCUUGCAUGAAAAAGAUAUCACAGGACGAGUACCAAGUUCCCAGCGCCAGCCUUUCACCUCCUCCUCUACCUCCAAAACACUGUGUAUCACCCAGUCCAUCUCCCAAACCACGCUCUAAAUCUUUGGACACAGGCGCCCAGGCCAUGGCCCUGUCCAGCUUGAAAGUCAAACACAGUUUCCUGCCAAUUCAAACCAGUGCAGACAGAAGUGAGGACUUCUCUGGAGAAACCUCGUCUUUAACGUCGUGCACACAUAGUGGGGUGUCUUGGAAAGGUCCUUCAGAACGUGUUAAAAAGAGGAAGAACGAGAAAAUAAGGGAUAAUUAUAAAGAUGCUGAGAGCAGAGCGGAGGAUUCAACAUCUGUUUAUCCAACACAACCAGAAAGUGACUCUUCAUCGUGACAUCAGAUUUAGUCUUUUAUAGUGUAAAAUAGACGUAUAUCGGCAGUUGUGUAAUAUAGGAACUUUGGACUGUAAAACAUAUUUAACUGACUCAAUAAUCACCAAAUUCUGAACAAAUCUAUAGCCUGUAUGUUCACAGUUGAGCUUCUCAUAUUGGCAAAUCUGCUCUUACACACUGACUCAAUUACAUUUUUUACACUGUAACACCUUUUAUAUUCUACCUCAUGUUUACUAUUUUAUUAAGAAAAGCUGCACAUUAAUUAUAUUUUCUUUUAAAUCUUUUUAGACAAAUUAUGGUCUCUGGGGUGUUAGCUUUAUGUUUUUGUAAGGUUUCGUGUAAUAAAAAUGUUUAUCAAAAUC